CGGCUCCCUCCCCCUUCGGAUGUGGCUCGAGCUGUAGGCGCGCAGGGCCGGAGACGCUGCAGACCCGCGACCCGGAGCAGCUCGGAGGCGGUGAAGUCGGUGGCUUUCCUUCUCUCUAGCUCUCGCUCGCUGGUGGUGGCUCAGUUGCCACACGCGUCCCGGGGGCCCGGUUCUCCUCUCCCCUCCCCACCCUUGCUCGCCGGACCCCGCGCCGGGAGCUGCGGGAAGGAGUGGAGGGUCGGGCGGUGGCCUCGCGGCUGGCCUGGCGCGGGGUCAGCGCCGGCAGUUAGUGGGUAGACUGCUCUGCCCUGGAGGGGGUAGGGAGCUGUGGCGACGGUCGCCCCAUUUCGAGACAAAGCGCAUUUUCCCUUCCCCUCCCCCACCCGCGUUCCGGCGGAGGCGCCCCCUCCCCCAGCCGCCACGCGAGGCUGGGUCGAGACUUGGGCCUCCGGGAGGGCGGCGCGUGGUCCUGCGUCCGCGAGGCCUGGCGGCGCGCGGCCCGCUGUCCCGAGGCUGCGGGGGUAGGCGCGUGCGGUGUGGCGCAGUGCCCUUGAGCCCCCGUGCCGCGGCCUUUGUUUCUCCCUGCGGAUGCGCUGACCACGAGGCCCGCGCUCUCGGGUGGGGGCGGGCACCCGCGCUUAGGCCUCGGGACGCGGGGCUCCAGCAGCGGGGGUCGGGAGCGGGUGUAUGCAAGAGUAAUAGCUCUUCAAGUCUGCAAUAAAAAAAUGGCCUCCAAUAAAACUACAUUGCAAAAAAUGGGAAAAAAACAGAAUGGAAAGAGUAAAAAAGUUGAAGAGGCAGAGCCUGAAGAAUUUGUGGUGGAAAAAGUACUAGAUCGACGUGUAGUGAAUGGGAAAGUAGAAUAUUUCCUGAAGUGGAAGGGAUUUACAGAUGCUGACAAUACUUGGGAACCUGAAGAAAAUUUAGAUUGUCCAGAAUUGAUUGAAGCGUUUCUUAACUCUCAGAAAGCUGGCAAAGAAAAAGAUGGUACAAAAAGAAAAUCUUUAUCUGACAGUGAAUCUGAUGACAGCAAAUCAAAGAAGAAAAGAGAUGCUGCUGACAAACCAAGAGGAUUUGCCAGAGGUCUUGAUCCUGAAAGAAUAAUUGGUGCCACAGACAGCAGUGGAGAAUUGAUGUUUCUCAUGAAAUGGAAAGAUUCAGAUGAGGCAGACUUGGUUCUGGCAAAAGAGGCAAAUAUGAAGUGUCCUCAAAUUGUAAUUGCUUUUUAUGAAGAGAGACUAACUUGGCAUUCUUGUCCAGAAGAUGAAGCUCAAUAAUUGUUCACUUUUUUUAUAUAUAUUUAUAUAUAUAUAUAAAAUUUGGGUCUUGGAUUUUGAUUUACUAGUGUGACGAAAUAACUACAUCCUAAUGAAAAUCAAGUUUGAUAUGUUUGUUUUGAAAGUAGUGUUGGAAGAGUUGUUGGGGGUUUUUUGCAUCCAUAGCACUGGUUACUUUGAACAAAUCAAUAAAAGCUUUCUGUAGUUGCUUCCUUUAUCAGAAAAGAACAUUUGAUGCCAUGGUAUAUUAUUUCCUCUUCAUUAAAGAACAGCUUUUCUAAAUGUUGGGGGAAAUGUCCAUAGUCAUUACUCAAUCAAAACUUGUGUUCUCAUAAGCCUAAGGACCACUCUAGACUUUUUACAUGUUUUUUUUUGUGUGUGUGUGUGUGUGUAUCCAUAAAAUGCAUAUGUAAAUUUUUUUUGUUUUUAAGCAUUCACCCAAACAAAACAUCACAGGUAAACCCAUGUUUCUGAGAUGCCAUUAUUCCGAGCAAAAUAAGAGAUAAUCACUUCAAGUUAAAUUGAAAAUUUUCCUGAAGCCAUACAUUUGAAGUGAAAUAAGUAAUUCUAAAUAGGACUAUUUAAAUUGGAUAAUUUUAAAGCGUCUAUAAUUGCAGUGGUUUAUUUGCAAAAUUCCUAAAAGGAAAAGUUUUAUCGCUGCCAUCACAACAGAGUUCUUCAUCCAGAUGAGGAAACUAGACAAAUGCCAGUGUGUUUUAACUAGCUAAACAAAACUAAGUUAAAUGAACAUUUAAAAAUUUCCCUAGUGGGCCAUUCGUUAGCAAAAUGUCGAAAUCCCUGUUGCUACAUUGACUAAAAGGUCAUGAUGAAUGGAAUAUGUAAGACCUGGCUCAUAGAAACCUAAUCAGAUGGUUAGAGAUGUUGGCAGUUUACGGACCUGCUGUCAUAAAUGUGUGAACAACCUUUUGUAAUCUAACAUUGACCUGCAUGUUUUUUCUUUACCCCAAUUCAUUCCUUACAUGUAGGCUCAAUCUUCAGUUUGCUUUACUGGUUCAGCAAAAGCCAGGAAGAACAACUUUGUAGAAAUCAGAAUGUUAUCCAACUGUAUAUUGUUUACUUUAUUGUAAAUACUGGUGAACAGUGGUUAAUAAAUAGUUUUAUAUUCCUUUA